GAAACAUGGCAUGCCAAAAUUGGUCCGGCACAUGUUUUGCCCCGGUGCUGCCGGGAAUCUCCGCGCGCCAUGCCGUCUGCCAGCCGCCAGCCGAUCCCCUGCCGUUAUUUAUCUCCCCGCACGGCUGCACACACUCCAUCGGCAGCCGCAAACGCCUUUGCCAUCGCGUCGCGCUCCUCCGAUCCUCCGCCGCGACCAGAGAGAGAGAGGGAGGGAGAUGGCCGGCGCGGUGGGCGACGACGCCGGGAUGGACGCCGUCCAGAGGCGGCUCAUGUUCGAGGACGAAUGCAUGUUGGUGGAUGAGCAGGACAAUGUUGUUGGCCAUGCUUCAAAAUACAACUGCCAUCUGUUGGAAAAGAAUCUGCUCCAUAGGGCCUUCAGUGUGUUCCUUUUCAACUCAAAUUGUGAGCUGCUACCCCAGCAAAGGUCCGCAACAAAGGUUGCAUUUCCUUUAGUUUGGAGCAACACCUGCUGCAGCCAUCCUCUGUACCGUGAGUCUGAGCUCAUCCAGGAGAAAGACCUCGGUGUCAGAAAUGCAGCACAGAGGAAGGUCCUGGAUAAGCUGGGCAUCCCAGCUGAAGAUGCCCCGGUCGAUCAGUUCACCCCUGUCGGUCGGAUGCUUUACAUGGCCCCGUCUGACGGAAAAUGGAGCGAGCAUGAGCUUACCCACAUGCUGUUCAUCGUCCGGGACGUGAAGCUGCAUCCGAACCCGGACGAGGUCGCCGAGGUCAAGUACGUGAACCGCGAGCAGCUGAAGGAGCUCAUCAGGAAGGCGGACGCCGGCGAGGACGGCGUGAAACUCUCUCCCUGGUUCAGGCUGAUCGCCGACAACUUCCUCAUGGGCUGGUGGGACCAUGUCGAGAAGGGCACCCUCAGUGAGGCCGCGGACAUGGAGACCAUCCAUAACCUGAAGGAGUGAAGGACCAUGUUGGCCUUUCCUGCGCUUAUACAUCAUCUGAAUAAACAGUAGGCUCUGACGAUGCCACUGCUGUAAUAAGGAAUUCAGGCUCAAAAACACUCAACUUGUCUAAUGCUGAAUAAAUAGCUUCCUUUUCUUUUUUGAAAUUUAAAUAGCUUCAUUUCCAUUUGGAACAUUGAAACCUAAAAGAUAUGUUUCCACAGGCUGAUUUGAGAUGUUCUUAGACAUGAUAGGUCGAUGUCAGAAUAACU